AUUACUUGGAGCUUCACGAUAUCAUAUACCACCAUAAAUUGAAAGCACAUCCGUGCUUUUGUUUGCAUAAUGGCCAUUACAAUACUCGCCCCCGCUCCUCCGAUCCAGGAUGUAGACUACGAUUCAUCCUCAGACUCAGGGUCCGACGGAGGCGCCGACCUCGAUGGAGAUCUUGAUAUGCGCCCCAAGAAGCGUGCCAGACGAGCUGGAUCAACAAGCAUAGUCACUCCCGGAGAAGUAGUCACAGAUGAUCCCCAAUGGAUGAGAGGUCACGGAACGUACGUCGAACCAGCCACCGCAGCCAUCCUCGCCACCGUCGCUGGCACCAUCCAAAAGACCAACAAGCUCCUCUCAGUGCGGCCCCUACGGGCGCGCUACACCCCCGAAAUCGGUGACCUAGUUGUCGGCCGCAUCAUCGAGGUGCAAUCCCGGCGCUGGCGCGUGGACAUUGGCGCCCCGUUGCUCGCUGCGCUGCCGCUGUCGGCGAUCAAUCUCCCCGGUGGAAUUCUACGGAAAAGGACAGAGACGGAUGAGCUCCAGAUCAGGACGUUUCUAUCGGAGGGUGACCUGCUUGUGUGCGAGGUGCAGUCUUUGUUUCACGAUGGGAGCGCGAGUUUACAUACUAGGAGUUUGAAGUAUGGAAAGUUGAGGAAUGGAGUCUUUGUGUCAGUGGCGGGGAUGGGAGGGGGUGGGGGUGUAGUCAGGAGUAGGCGACAGGUGUGGACUAUUGAGACGGCAAAUGGAGGGGGCCCAGUGGAUGUGAUUCUUGGGGUGAAUGGGUAUAUCUGGAUAUCAAAGCACAUCAAAACAGCCGAUGAAGAUAAGGCGGAAGUGGGAAUUACAAGGAUUGAAGAGAGUACCAACAGUACGGUGUACAGCAGUCAAAACGACGAGAUUGCUGCAGAAACUAGGAGGGAGAUUGCGAGGAUUAGAGGAGUGGUGGCCAGUUUGGUGGAGGCGGGUAUGAAGGUCGAUGAGGAUAUGUUGAUGAAGGGAUAUGGAGCUGCAGUGGAGAUAGAGAGAGAAGAGGAUGGACCUGGGGGGGAUUUCUUGGGCGGAGAGCAUGGAAAGCGGUUGGUGAAGAUGUUGCAGGGAAUGUCAUAGGAGGAAUAUAGAUCAGACCUUGGGCAGUUUUCGAAGGCUUCCACUAGCGUACUGCAAUGAUAUCAAUGAGCAAGCAUGGCGCAAGUUAUGUUCGAUUGGGAUAGGUAUUCAAAAUGAUUCAUGUCAUGUACACUCCGGGUGUCCGUCUAAAUAUUUUACAAGCUCCCCAGGCCGGUUUCUCAUUAUACAAUUACACAUAUCUUCACACCCCA